CAGCGUCGGCCGAUGUCGGUGAAUAUGUCCCCGAGCGGGAUGAGGGCGGUCCGGAUAAGGGGCGGAAAAGGCCCUUCGUCGAGUCUGUACAUUUCCUCCGACGAGGCCGUGCCCCAGCCGAGCGCAGACGAAGUGCUGGUCAAGAUAGCCUCAUUUGGUGUCAACCGCAUGGACCUGCUCCAGCGUGAGGGAGAGUAUCCCCUUCCGCCGGGCACGAGUCCCAUCAUGGGCGUCGAAUUCAGCGGCCAUGUCGUAUCCAGCCCUGGGAGCCACUUUCAGCGAGGCGAGGCCGUCUUUGGCUUGGUCACAGGCGGCGCUUAUGCCCAGUAUCUGACAUGCCCUGCACACAUGGUCCUCGCAAAACCGGAAAAGCUCUCGCUGGCGCAGGCCGCUGCGAUCCCAGAGAAUUGUCUGACGGCGUACCAGGCGCUUAAGCUGCUCGCUGCCAUCAGUGAGGGCGACAGCAUUCUCGUGCAUGCAGGCGCAUCUGGUGUGGGUCUCGCCGCCAUCCAGCUCGUGCGACUGCUCGGAGCUGCCAAGGUUUACGUGACAGCUGGAAGCGCAGAGAAGUGCGCUUUGUGCGAGAGAUUGGGCGCAGACCUCGCCAUCAACUACAAGGAAGUCGACUGGGCUGAAGAGCUAGCCAAGCGCACAGGCGGUCGGGGCGUAGACGUCAUCGUGGAAUUCAUUGGCGCGGGCUACUUUAAACAGAACCUAGCCUCACUCUCCCGCGAUGGCACGCUUGUCCUUCUGGGCAUCAUGGGCGGCACCGAGGUCCAGGAUGUAGACAUUGGCCUGAUUCUCUACAAGCGUCUCCGCAUUCAGGGCUCCACCUUGCGCUCCCGAAGCUUGGCAUACCAGAGCAGCCUUGUCCAGGACUUUCUAGCUAGUGGAACCCCUGACCGCCUCGUCGAGGGUCUCGACCCCCAGAGCGACAGUGCUGGGCAGCAGAUUCUCAUACACAAGAUCUACUCUUGGCACGACAUCCAGGCAGCGCACGACGAGAUGGAAGCAAAUAAAAACGUAGGCAAGAUUGUUGUCAGAGUGGACUGA